GGAUGUCUUGCGCGGCACCUGCUUGAUAAAUCAAUCAUGAUGCCCACAUGCCUUUUUCGAAGCCUGCCUUCCCACUCCAUUUUAUUUGAUGUAUGUACCUAUGUUGGUUCACAGUGAACUUUCGGGCCUGCAUUGGUAAAUUGAAGAUCAGUUGCUCUACCCAUUUGCCUCACCACUGCGUUCGAGGAUUUGAGGUUGUCACCACGGCCUGCCAUGCUGGGGGUCGUUCCGUGACCAGUUGUCAUCCACCCACUUCGAGUCUCAGCCUUCGUCUUUCAUACCAAGCCGUUCAACUCGAAACGAAGACCUCAUAAUGCGGGGUCUUUUUCUUGGGCUGAGCACAAUAGCUCUCCUCUCUUCCUCUAGCUUUGCCCUUCAUUUCACAACAGAGUCAGAAUGUGCCGCUCUAUGUUCGGAUGGCUCAAAUUCAACAACUUCCAACUUCAAAACCUCCACAACAAAUUCUACAGACGUUGUAUGCGAGGACAAUGAAUAUUCAGGCUCAGGGAAUGGCAUCAGGUUUAAAAACUGUCUCAAUUGUCUCCAGAAGAGCGAUGCUACAUGGAAAGAACAAAGUGAUGUGUAUUGGUUUCUGUACAACGUGCGAUAUGCGUUUGAUGUUUGCCUAUACUCUUACCCAGAUGCGGCAGACUCGGGUACUAUUAAUUCCCCUUGCAACAUUGAAAGCUCAUGCGGCUCUCUCGAGGAUGCUCUGACGGCAUCACUAUUGAAGACAACCCCCGAUAACCAGUUCGACUAUUGCGAAGCCGAAGAGUCAGUCAUCAAGAGUUCCAGUUACAACCAGUGUAUUGGCUGUCUGCAGUCAACAUCGAAUCAAAAGUAUCUGGCCAACUUUCUGGUGGCAUUGAAAGCUGGCUGUAUUCAAGAGCCUAAGAAAGGCGAUAUACUUGGCCUUAGUGGCACAAUUUUCACUCACACACUCAUUAACAUUACUGAUCCUAACACCAACGAAACUCUACCUGGUGACGAUGGUGCUCCUGUUGGCUCUAUGACCACUGGCACAAUCGUCGGUAUCGCUGUGGGAUGCGGCCUAGGCAUAGCUGGCAUGGUGUGGCUUAUCUUCAUGUACUGUCGACGAAGUCGACAACGCCGCGGUGCAGCAAUCAAGAUUGAAUCACCGCCUCCCGAUGCACCAAUGAAUGACCCUUCUAUGUACGGCAUUCACAAGUCUUCUUACUUCACUGACAAUGCUGGAUAUCCCGGGCGCUCGGCGCAGCCUCAUAACCAUGCUGGAAGCCACAUCCGCACAAUGUCUAACGCAGAGUAUUACGACAGUUUCGAACAAGAUGACAGCGGUAUCAAUGGCAAGGUCAGCUAUCACUAUGCACCGCACUCGAAGAGUAAUGGUCCCAAUGCUGCACUGCCUGCACACCCAGCCUACAUCCCUAGGGUCGUGAGCCGCCUUCCUGAUGCUAAGGCACCGAGUUCCGUCCGGCAUACCAUGAGAUCCAAUGUUCCCGAUUCAUAUGCUCUCCAGACAUAUCUCAGUGCUGCUGAGCCUGCAGGUACUGACACCCAGCGGAUCGCAGAGGUGGCAUCUCUGAGUACUUCGAGCUCGCGUGCUGCGAGCCGCAACCCUUCUCCUGUACCACAUCAUCCAACCACUAGACCACCAGCAUCAGCGGCGGCUCCAAUUCCUGUCCCUGAAGCCGCCAAAACCAAGCCAUCCUUCGCAUUCCCUUCUCUAUCAAAACUCAUCAUUCCCAAGAAGCAGGGGACCCCACAGCUAAAUCUGUUAUCAGCAACCCCUAUAUCGGCGAUCGAUAAUGAUCCAAGACAUGAGCUAAGGAUCUCCAGGCCGUUGGCUGUGUUGGAUCCAAGGUUUCAAGACCGACCGUUAGGAGGUGGUACAGUCCUAGCAACUGAGGUGCCGGCGGGGUUCAGUGACGACUAUCUCAAGAGGCGGGAAGCAAACAAGUCUCCCAUGUUAAGCGGCAACAGUCGCGUCUAUGGAUGAUGAUAAAUACUAUAUAUUCACAUAAAGAGUGUGCGUAUUUCAGUAAUUACGGUAUUACAGAAACUUUUGGUUUGGCUCAGGCUUGGAGUUAUUUGGUUGACACAUCCGGGCACGACGUGCCCUAGAUCGCUACGAUACAGAUGGUGGGCACAGGAGUUCUAUAGUGAUAAUUCUUUCAUUCAUCCUAUUGCAUACCCUGCAAGUGACAACAGAAAGUGGGCUUGUUUUAGCCCAGUCGCUGACCUGGGC